GUCUUACUUUUCUUCUUCUUUCCCCCCUCUUCUUUCUUCUUUUUGGUCUUCCAGCUCCUCUUCCUUCUUCUUUAUUUUUCUCAUGUCUUCUUUUCCUUCAAUUGAACAAACAUGUCAAGAGACUCAAGAGCAUAUCCGCCCGGUGCAUUCACAUGCAUCUAACGAUCAACUCGAUCAAAACUCAACAUCGUUCCAGUUUUCCCCGAGCCAAGGAUGACGCAGGUCCACUUACAACUUCAAGAUCCACCAAUCUUCCACCAAUCAUCCGCGACGUGCUCUCCCACACAACCACCUAUUUCACCAAGAAACCGAAGACAGGACAUGCAGUACCGCAGUCCGCCCGGCAUCACAAGACUCAGAACCAUCACCCUACUUGCAUCACUUUUAGCAUCACCUAGUACCAACCAAGCCAACCCUUACUGAUCCACUUCCAAAAUGGCGAGUUCAACCCCCCUCCUCGACUCCCUCAGACUCGCAAACCUGCUCCCCUCCAAAGUCAUUCCGGAUUCCUUCCAGCCCACAGUCCACCUCGAUGUCCGCUUCUACAACAGCAGCAACAAUAAUGUCAAAUCAAUCAGCAACGGAACCCUGAUGAGGGUCAGCGAAGUCAAGGAGGCGCCCCUGAUUUCCAUCUCCUCUCCGGCCACUGAGACUACCACCGGGGAAACCCCCAAGUCGCUCACCCUCAUGAUGAUCGACCCGGACGCGCCAACGCCCGACGACCCCAAGUUUGCCUACUGGCGCCACUGGGUCGUGACGGGCAUCCCUUACACUGCUGAUGGCAGCGUCGAGGUGAAGGGGGCUGAUGCCGGUGCCGGCAGAACGCUAACGCCGUACCUGGCGCCCGGCCCCAAGGAUGAGUCUGGGCCACAUCGCUACCUGUUUCUGCUUUUUGCCGAGCCUGAGGGGUUGAAGUUGGAGGCUGGGGAUGUUGGCGGGGUGGAGUUUGUGGAGCGGCGGAGCUUCAGGGCUGAGGAGUUUGUGGAAAGGCAUGGGCUGAGGCUGGUCGGUGUGCAGUGGAUGAGGGGGGUUGGUGAUGGGUGGAAGGGGGCGGAGUAGGCUUGUAUGGACGGGGUUGCCCAGGGAAUAGCCAAGUGCCGAACUUCCAGAAGGUUCAGGGCCAAACUUGGAAUGUUGUGAAGGACCUCAGCUGGUUUGGCUGUGAAUACCAGGAAUCGAAACUUGAGGUUUUGAUAUAUCAUCCAUCCGAAUUCUGAACAUUUACAACCUGCCAUCUCAGAUUUCAAGCCUUACACCUUCCUAGGUAUUCAGAAGUUCAAUCAUAGCAGAGCAUCAU